AUCAUAAUAGAUAUCAAAGAUGACGCAUUUGAACAGAGUAUCUUGCGGUUCGUUGCUUUUUAUGUGCGUAUCGCUGGUAGACGGUUUUGUGUCCAAUCCUUCGACAACACUCCGAGACGGAACAAAUACACUUUUCAUUGGAAUAGACGCACCCCGUACUAUUCCACAGCACGCUCGUAUAGUACAUAAGAGGCGAGAUCGUGUUUCAGCUUUGAUCAUUAGUGCGCGCAACCAGAAGGAAAACAACUUCUUUGAUGAUGUGGACGAUUUCAAUGGUUACGAUGGAGACUUCGUCCGAAGCGUCGGCGAAAGCCAAGAAGAGCGAGACUUGCAAAGCGUAGCACGGCGAAGUGAUGUCACCUACGAGGAUGACUCACCUGUCAGAUAUUCCGUGAGACGGAAAGACGUCUAUUACGAUGAAGAAUACGACAGCUACGAGGAUUACGGGGACGAGAUAGACGGGCGAGAAGAAGAGGACCGUCAAGCUCCUGGAAAUUUUUGGUCCAACCCUGUGGGUAGUUUGGAUCGUUCGGCACCUCCACGUCGACCUCCGAAGAGAUCUGGCUCGCCCGAUAAUUUGUCCUCCACGAGGCCGAUACGGAAUCCCGCUCGAAAAACACCAGUCCGCACUGGUCCCCCAGGGCCACCCCCGCCUGUACGCGAUCUGUACAAUCGACUCUUCUGGUAUGGCUUUGAUCCAGCCGAAACCUCAACAAACGCCGAUCGGACCAUGUUCGGUGGUACCAAAGGUAAAUUUAAUGGGCUCAUGUACCUGGAAGAUGGUGUGGGAGCAAUGCCGAAAGAAAGGCGAAGGCGAACUCCACGGAACUACGACGAUAGUGUACUUUCUGGUUCAGAUGACUACUUUUACGACGACGACGACAGGGACGAAGAUCGGGAUCAAGUCGACUUGUAUGAGGAUUUUAAGGGAAAAUCUCAAGACGAAGAAAGGAAGCGUCCUUUAUCAACAAAGGGAAUUUCACCCAACGUUUCAUCGGUACCAAAAGUGGCAGAGACGCUUCGGACAUCUGUUACGCCGCCGUACGACCCACCAAGGCCUAUGCCUUCUCGUCCAACACGGAUACGAAAUUUACAGCCAACAAGUCGCCCGUCCCGACGCCGCCGCGAUCGUCCGCGUGAUCAGUACGGGGAUACAGAUAUCGACAGCUCGUGGUUUGAUGGUGAUAGUGUAUCAAGUAAAGUCUCCAACUGGUUCACCAAUGAAGAAGACGAAUUUGUUGAGUACGAUCGUCAGAAUCGAAAAGCCGAACAUCGACGGCCGAAUCGACGCCAAGACGACUCUAUUUGGUCCCCCUUUAAUGCACUUGAUACAUUCUUAGGUCUAAAUCGUGACCGAUUGGGCGAAAAAGCCGACGCAUACAAUCGCCAAAUGGGGAUCCCUAUGGAAAGUGAAGAUGAGGAUCAACCAUAUUCACCGAUAGAUAAUAAACUUUACAACCCACGGCCGCGACGUCGAAAGGGAUAUGCCUAUCAAUACAACGACGAGGAAGAUCAGUCCGGCGUAAACGUAUACACUGUUCUCGAUGAUGACGAGAAUGAGUAUGGGACGUGGGUCAAGAAUGAUGUUAUUGAUGCUGUGGUACAGCCCAUACCAGAAGCUCCAAAGAAGUCAGUAAUUGACAAUGAGCCAGGAACGAAACGAAAUCUUUCGUGGGGAAAGCGUGCUUUGGCGGUAGAAAGAGUACCGCCCACUGGCAUUCCAGCAUGGGGUCCUACCGGCGAUCUUGGGAUGGACGCCCGGGCAAAGGCUAUCUCUGACGCACUCGAGGACAUACUUGAGGCUAAAAACAAGGUUUCUAAAAAAGAAGAACUAGUGAUGAAAGCACGGGAGGAUGUUUCUAUUCUUAGGAUUGAUACCGAGCUGGAACGAAAGCGCCUAAGGAAGAGUCGUCUAGAUCCCCGGUUAAUCCAAGACACUGUACGAAAGCUAGAUCUGAAAGUGGACGAUGCAGCGCGGUCACUGCGAUACGCACAAGCACAGCUCAAAAAGGCAAAAGAUGAGCUCUCGGAUUUGGAAGCUCGACAUUGGGCUGUCUUAGGCUGCUAUGAUUCUGAUCAAGUAGAAGCAAAUAUUAUGGCGGCCAUGCAGGAAUUGGAAGAGACUGAGCCUGCUGUUCGUCGAAUUUUGGAAAAGAAGGAUGUCGAAUCUAAUCCCAGGAAUGAAGCAUUGCGUGAAAAUGAAGUAACUUCUGAACAAGCGAAACUCAACUUUGUUGAAAUGAACGAGGAUGCACAAUAG